ACCUAUCAGACCAGCUUCCAGUCCGGUGCGUGUCACUUUGGAGAGGUAGUGCAAUCCUCGGCAGUGUUCUGAGACUGCGCUAACCGCUCCGGUCUUUACUGGAAAUGUCAUGAGAAUGGGCAUUACGGAGAAGAGAUAAAACAAAACCUAUCAUCGUUCCUCUGGGUUAUCUGUGACAAGGCACGCGUUUAAAGUAUUUCUUUUCGGAAAAGUUGAGUGAAUUCGUUUUAAGCAGGAAAAACUCGGUUGUCUUCUGCAUUGGCCCAUCAUGACAGCCGAGAGAGAGAAAAAGAGGCACCCUUCAGAAAGGCGCAAGGAAAAAUCCCGUGAUGCAGCACGCUGCAGGCGCAGUAAAGAGACGGAGGUAUUCUAUGAACUCGCCCACCAGCUGCCGUUACCUCACAGCAUCAGCUCACACCUGGAUAAAGCCUCCAUCAUGAGACUAGCCAUCAGCUUCCUGCGCACACGCAAGCUCUUCAACUCAGGCCACACAGUCCAACAAACUCGGUCGCAGAAUGACUGCCAGAUGGACAGUUUAUAUCUGAAGUCUCUUGAAGGCUUCGUCGCUGUAGUAACAUCAGAUGGAGACAUGAUUUUCCUUUCGGAAAACAUCAGUAAAUUUAUGGGCCUUACACAGGUGGAACUGACAGGCCAGAGCAUCUUUGACUUCACACACCCCUGUGAUCAUGAAGAAAUCCGAGAGAAUCUCAGUGUCAAAUCAGGACCUGUGUAUGGAAGAAGAGGGAAAGAUACAAGCAGGGGCCGAGAUUUCUUUAUGAGGAUGAAGUGUACAGUCACCAACAGUGGUCGCACUGUAAAUCUCAAAUCGGCCAGUUGGAAGGUGCUGCACUGCAUGGGGCAUCUGCAGGUGUGCACCAGCUGUCCCCCUCAAGUCCUGUGUGGGUUUUCAGAGCCACCCCUCACAUGCGUCACCAUGCUGUGUGCGCCAAUCCCACAUCCCUUUAACAUGGACACACCCCUCGACAGCAAGACGUUCAUGAGCAGACACAGUAUGGAUAUGAAGUUUAUCUACUGUGAUGAGAGAGUUAGCAGUCUGAUUGGGUAUAGACCAGAGGAACUUCUGGGGCGUUCUGUGUAUGAGUUCUGCCAUGCUCUGGAUUCUGAGAGUAUGACAAAGAGCCACCAAAAUCUUUGUAAUAAAGGUCAAGCGGUGAGUGGCCAGUACAGAAUGUUAGCCAAGCAAGGGGGUUAUGUUUGGAUGGAGACCCAGGCAACUGUCAUUUACAACAAUCGCAACUCCCAACCACAGUGCAUCAUCUGCAUCAACUACGUCCUGAGUUCUGUUGAAGAACAGUCAAUUAUCUUCUCCCUGGAUCAAACAGAGGCUCUGCUCAAGCCCUACCACAUGCAGCAACUGUUUAGCCAGGGUGGACCGGACUCCACUUCAGAAGCUAUGAGCAACCUGUUCAUUCAGUUCAAGGAAGAGCCUGAGGAGUUAGCCCAGUUAGCACCAAUGCCGGGAGAUGCCAUCAUUGCCCUGGACUUUGAAAGUCCACAGUUUAAAGGGCAAGAUAUCUUCUCCAAGUCUUCUAAGCUCCCUGUGGUCAGUCAGCCAUGGGUUGUGGAUACAGCGCCUGAUAGCAGUCCUAAAAGCAACGUAUCAUCCACCUUCACCAUUCAGCAGGUGCCAGCUGUGGCUAAGGCAACGCCCUGUGUCACGCCCUGUGUCACGCCCUGUGUCACGCCCUGCUUAAGCAGCUGCAACAGUUGCUCUACACCUAGCAGUCCAGUAGAUUACUGUGGCAGUGGGGAGUGUGAACUGAAGGUUGAGUUGACAGAAAAGAUAUUUGCCCCUGAAACUAUGGCAACUAAUCCCACAGACUCCCAGUUGGACUUAAGUGAUCUGGACCUGGAGACUCUUGCUCCCUACAUCCCCAUGGAUGGUGAGGACUUCCAGCUGCACCCCACCUGUCAGGAUGAGCCAGUGGCUGACACAGGUCCAGGCCUGAGCACAACCCUCCAACACAGCUUCAGCAAUGUUGCUGACCUAUUCCAGCCCCUUGGCUCCUUCCGCUCUGACAACAAGAGCAGUUCUAACACAUGUCCAGACACGGCUCAUCUUCAGCCUUACCAAACUGCACCUAGCCUCCCGCUAUCCUCUGAGGAAGGUAGACCGAGUCUUCAGUGGCCCCCUGACCCACCCUUGCAUUAUAAACAUGAACAGAGCACAGCAGAUCCACAACAAAUAUGUAAUUUCACUGCUGUGCUGCAAAAGCAAAGGUCCUUUGAGAACUUUUCCCCUGUACAGAAAGGCAUGAAUCUGGUGCAGACAACUUUUGCCCACAGCUUUAAACGGAAGAGACAGUCAGAGUUCAGCUCAUCAUGUUCUUUCUCUGAUAUUCAUAAGCAGGAGGUGGUGUCUCACAAUGUGUCUGCUGAUGUUACGCGGAAAAAGAUGAAGACCGUGACCACUGACAGAUGUGCCUUCUCUACCAGGAAGUCUCUAAACACCAGUGUGCCCACAGAUACAUUUCCAUGCAUGCAAAGUGGAGUGGUGGCUCCUCACGGCUACAGUCAGUCAAUUAAAGGGAGCUCAGACGAUCUCAAACAGCAUUUUGCAGAGUUAUUCUGCCCCACCAAUAACAGACAAUAUCACGUGCUGCCUUCACCCAAACACACAGGGAUAAGUCAACUGCUGUGCCCAUCCUUUGACUCGUUAUGUCUGCCGCAGCUUACACGAUAUGACUGCGAGGUAAACGUGCCUCUACAGGGAAACCUGCAUCUGCUACAGGGCAGUGACCUCCUGAGAGCCCUGGACCAGACCACAUAGAUCCAGAGCUUCUGCAGCGAUCCAUCCACCCUCUGCUUUCUCCUUCUGUCUUUGUUGUCUACAUACAGUAUAAUGUCUCUGUUGUUUUCUUUUAUGCAUGUAUUAUCAGCCUUUAUUUAGACUUAUUUGUAUAUUUUCCUCUGUGUAAUAUUUUAAUAUAUAUUUUAAAAAUCUGAUUGUUACUUGUUUAAAAUGUGUUUGGACGUUCUACUCUUACUGUUGUCUUUCUGUGCGGUCUCAGAUGCUCAACAUUGUCAUGUUUCUUCACAUGCAUAGUGUUCUUAAAGCUAUAGUUCACAGAAAAAUUUAAAUUCUUUCACCAUUUGCUCACUUUCAUGUUGUUGUAAUGAGUUUUUUUUUUUUUUUUUCUUUCUUUCAUGGAACACAAGGACAUGUUUGGCUAAAUGUUAGCCUCAUUCGCCAUUCACUUUUGUUGUAUGGAAAAAAAAGAUGCAAUGAUAGUGAAUAGUGAUGGGGGUUAACAUUCUGCCUAACAUCUCCUAUUGUGUUCCAUGGAAGAUAGUCAAACAGGUUUGGAACAACAUGACGGGUGAGUAAGUGAUGACAGAAGUUUUAUUUUUAGGUGAACUAUCCCUUUAUGGUCAGAUUCACAAGAUGUUUCAAAGAUGCAAACUAGAAUACAUAUAAAGUAACAUAAAUAAUAUAAACAUUAGAAUCAUUUGUAACUCAUUCAUUCAUUGUAUUCUGACAUGGAAUACAAAUACUAUGUACUGUAUAAAAGAAAAAUGUCUAAAAAAGCCUUAAAAACUGCCUUGAACUUGUAAAAGCAAACAAUUUGCCAUUAAUCUAGCUUAAGGACAUAUUUGUUUUCUGAUUAAGAACAUUGUAUUUUACCUGUUUCUCUACUUUGACCUGUGACCUCAACUUUUCCCUAAAUCAUUAUGAAAAGGAUGCUAUAUAUCACCUAAAGCACUUUAUUUUAAAACAUGCACAUGAAACCUCAAAAUUUUCUGUAGACCAAAAUGAAAAAGAAAUAUUUUCAGCUCCAGUGUAGUUAUGUCAUAUCUUCUCAGGCCCACCCAGCACUAACCUACAUUAAAAUAUCUCUCAUCAACUUUCCUUGAUAACUAAAGAAAUGUUAACUCUCAUAUUAUUUUCUUAUACAAACAUGCCUAUUGUGUCUACAUUAUAUGAGGUUAGAGUUCAAUGCUCUGUAUCUCUGUAACACAUAAAAAUAUGUUUGUAUUUGGUGUUCAGAAGUGCCUUGGUACUUGGUCUUGUCUACCUAGCAGUAGACAGAGAUGAAUCUGUAGCUUUCUCUUUUGCAUACCUUUAUAUAUAUAUAUAUAUGGUAGUUUCAGGUUAUUAAAUUUUGUAUUAAAUGAUGUGUAUCACUUUCUCGUGA